AUGAAUGAGGACCUGGGACAGAUGAACUACCUGUUCAGCCCCCUCCUCCUUACCAACUAUGAGGUUGUCUCUAUGGGGCUGGUGCUCUUGGGAUACAGGGAGGCUACGGAGCCAAGCCCGCCAAAACCGGAGGAGCUGGGGGUGGUCGUUAUCCAGGGGGGGCUCAGCAGCUUGGAGGAGGGGGAUACAGAGGCCCAGGAGGGGCCGGGGGUAGGGGAGGAUAUGGUAACGGAGGCCAGGGAGGCUAUGGUGCUGGUCUGGGAGCAGGAAAUGGCCAAGGAAUGGGGAUGGGAGCCGGACUGGGCUCACAGGGUGGGAAACCACGUGGAGGUGGAGGAUACGGUGGUAAUGGCUAUGGCACACAGCCAGGUUACGGGGCUGGAGCUGGAGCCAGAGGCUAUCCACGACCAGGUGCUGGAGCUGGGUAUCCCAAUGGACAGGGAUCUAAGGGACCAAAACCGGGAUAUGGUGCAGGAGCUGGAGUGCCCAAUGGACAGGGUGCUAAACCCAAUGGGUAUGCUGCAGGAGCUGGAGGAGUUCCCACUGGACAGGGUGCUAAACCAUCCAAACAGGGAUAUGGUGCAGGAGCUGGAGUGCCCAAUGGACAGGGUGCUAAGCCCAAUGGAUAUGGUCCAGGAGCUGGAGUUCCCAAAGGUCAGGGAGCCAAAGGCAAUGGAUAUGUUCCAGGAGCUGGAGUUCCCAGUGAUCAGGGAGCCAAAGGCAAUGGAUAUGGUCCAGGAGCUGGAGCCACCAACAGUGCUAAAAGCAAUGGAUAUGGUCCAGGAGCUGGAGUUCCCAGUGAUCAGGGAGCCAAAGGCAAUGGAUAUGGUCCAGGAGCUGGCAUUCCCAAUGGUCAGGGUGCUAAACCCAAUGGAUAUGGCCCAGGAGUUCCAAAUGAUCAGGGAGCCAAAGCCAAUGGAUAUGGCCCAGGAGUUGGAGCACCCAACGGUGGUAAAGGAAAUGGAUAUGGUGCAGGAUCAGGAGUUCCCAAUGGUCAGGGUGCUAAACCCAAUGGAUAUGGUCCAGGAGCUGGAGCACCUUACGGCGCUAAAAGCAACGGAUAUGGUCCAGGAGCUGGAGUUCCCAAUGGUGGUAAAAUCAAUGGAUAUGGUGCAGGAGCUGGUGUUCCCAGUGAUCAGGGAGCCAAAGGCAAUGGACAUGGUCCAGGAGCUGAAGUUCCCAAUGGUGGGGCUAAAAGCAAUGGCUACGGUGCCGGAGCAGGCAGCUACCCUGGGGCAGGAAACAACGGCUAUGGAGCAGGUGCCAGUCUGGGACAGGGAGGAUACCCCCAGGGUGGAGCAGGAGGAUACCCCCAGGGUGGAGCAGGAGGAUACCCCCAGGGUGGAGCAGGAGGAUACCCCCAGGGUGGAGCAGGGGGAUACCCCCAGGGUGGAGCAGGAGGAUACCCCCAGGGUGGAGCAGGCGGAUACCCCCAGGGUGGAGCAGGAGGAUACCCCCAGGGUGGAGCAGGAGGAUACCCCCAGGGUGGAGCAGGAAAACCAGGCAAAGCUGGCGGUGGUGCUAAUCUGGGACAGGGAGGAUAUCCCCAGGGGGGAGCAGGGGGAUACCCCCAGGGUGGAGCAGGCAAAUCAGCAGGUUAUGGUGAUCAAAUGGGAGGAGCAUACCCCGGGGCUGGAGCGGGCAACGGCUAUGGGAAUGGUGGAGGCCCAGCUGGUGGGGCCAAUGCAGUGCCUGCAGGCUAUGGCAAUGGCUACGGUGCUAGUACUGGAGGCAAUGGUUAUGGACCCGGUCUUGGCGCAAGAGGAUAUCCACAGGGACAGGAGAAAUAUGGGGGUGCUGGCUCUGGUCCUGGUGGUGCUCUGCCUUAUGGGGGCCAGCCUGUGGUACCUGCUGGGCUGUGGCCUGAUGGUGGGAAGUUGGGCGGGUACGGCCCAGAGCCCUACGGGGUUGCUCAGCCUAUGGGACUGGGGCAUGAUACUGGCCUGGGGGGAGGAGUCAGUCAGCUUCCUUACAAUGGAGCCCCAGUCAAUACUGCUGGACUGGAUGGUGAUGGAAGCUUCCCUUAUGGUGCUCAGCAACUGGGCCUUGGUGGUGGUGAUGGAGGCAAAUCCUCUGGCAAAUAUGGCAACGGUGGAUUGCCACAGGGUGCACAACAGGGUGCACAGCCUUAUGGACCUGCGACUGGUGGUGGGAAACCACCUUGCAAAAAUGGAAAUGGAGGGGGCUUUGGAGCACAGCCAGCAGGCUAUGGUCAAGGACAGCUGGGUGCAGGUCAGAGUGCCCCCUACAGUAACGGAGCAGGAGGGAAGGAAAGCAAAUAUGGUGGUGGUGGACUGACUGGAUUCUUUGGAAAUGGAGGGUACAAAGGUUAAGUCAAUCAGCUGAGGCCUUCUUGAAGUGAAUGUUUGUUCCGUUCCAUCAUGUGUUCAUGGUGAUGUUUGUUGUUUGGUCUGUUGUUACAUUUAACUAUUCCAUUUUUGUUUUGUAUUUGUGUUUUUUGUUUAUGGUUCUUGUCUUUUCUAUUGUUGUGUGUCUGUCCCCUCUCUUCCUCUACUGGUUUUGGAGAUUGUGUUGCCAGUGUGUUUGUGUUCAUAUCCAUUUCACACUAAAGGGCAGAAAGCAACCACAUAAUGUCUGUCAGUCUCCUCAUUCUUUUAACCUUGGCACCAGUAUUGUAAAUGUACUGUAUAUGUGAUGUGGGGGUUGAGUUUUAAGACUGAAGCUCUAUGAGUUUAAAUCAACACCAAAUAAAAUAAAAUUCAAAGACCUGUUCCCAAAACCUGA